CCCCAUCUCCAACACAAAAUCAAAGAUGUGCUUAAUAUGGGAAUAUGUGAUGAGAAACAUGCUGAAUUAUUCAUCUAUUAUGCCAUAAUGUGUUCCAACGAAUUGUGAUUCAUGCUCUCAUGUAUUGAGGUGCAAUAUGACUUGUGAAUCGUGUGAAAUUGAGCAACGGCAGUAAAUCCUGUCAGAUGCAGUUUCCUGGCCACAUCGUACUGGACGCGCGCGCUUGGUUGAGCCUUCUUGUGUGGCGUCGCGUCGUUUGCAGUGUAUUGUUUAUACAUCUUCCACUGAACGAUGAUGGGGAUUUUAUUUCCGGAAUACUUACUAUCAAAACAAGGAAUUCUGAAGGUCGCUCAGCUCGUGAUUCUCCUGGUAGCGUUCGCGUGCGUUCGUUCCACGUGGUACACCAGUGUCUACUCUUACGGUUACUUCGAAGGGGUCACACUCGGUUACUCCAUCACCGUCGCCGUUUUUCUAUUCCUGAAUGCAUUUGGGGUUCCGAAAAGGGCAUCAUUUGUGAACUGGACGAUAGCCGAGUUUGUGCUUGAUACACUGGGAUUCAUCUUCAUCUCCACUGGAUCCAUUGUAGCUGCUGUGAAGUCUUAUGACACCCCCAUUCUGGUUGCCGCCUCGGUGUGUGGUCUUCUGGCCUCAUAUCUCUCAGUUGUAAGUGUGAUACUUUCAUUUGUUGCCGCUCGCCGCUCACAACCUGAGGGUCCACCAAUAUAAAAACACUAUCUUGAUAUUUAUAGUACUUCGUCUGAAAUGUCUAACUGCCCUCAACACAGGAGAGCAUGGAUGGGGAAUUGAUAAAGGGUAUGGUUGUUUUAGUAAAUUUACAUAGAAUAGAAUAUCACUUAUUGCACACAUGGCUUAUUGCAGUCAGAUGGUUUUAAUACUAUAAUUAUUAUAUAAUAUUUAAUAUUAUAAUACCCUGCCAAUAAUUUACUGGUGCAUACAAUUUAAGAAAUGGCCUUUAUUUUCAAUUUAAUGUUAUAAUAGUCUCAAAAUUGUUUUGUUAAUAAUUUGUUUACAAGAUGUAUUAUUACUAAAAAUAUUUUCCUGAGCACUUUUGUAAUGUUAGUUGGUUUGGUGGCCAAACUUGUUUAUCUAAUGCUUUAUGAAUGGAAAAUGAAUGUUGAUAAAUAAAAAACAAAUACACCGUU